UAAUCCUUAAGGUUAUAGAGUGAKAUCAACACGACUUUUGUAUGUCAUAAUUCGUGUGAGAGUAGAACGUUUGAGAUAAAUUCUAACUUUGUAAAAUCACCAGCCAUUAUGGACGUAAGCUAGCCGUGCUAACUAACUAGUAAAGCUUGUGACUGUUACCAAUGGCUGUUUGUUUGUCUAACUCAUUGAUUCUCAAAACUCUCCUCUGGACCCCCCCAGAUGUUUCACAAUUUUGUUGUAGGCCUGAACUAGUUCACCUGAUACACUUAGUCAAGGGCUUGAUAAUUAGUUUACAAUUUGAAUCAGAUUUGCUAGCUCAGGAAUAUAUCAAAUACAAGUCCAGUGGUGGAGGUAAUAGCAGCAAGAAUGAUUUUCGACGAAAGUGGGACAAAGAUGAGUAUGAACAACUGGCUCAAAAACGUCUCGAUGAGGAGAGGGACAAAAAAGAUGGCAAGCCAGCGCCCCCAGUCAAGCGGGAGCUCCUGCGACACAGGGACUACAAGGUGGACCUCGAGUCCAAGCUGGGUAAAACCAUUGUUAUCACCAAGACCACACCACAGGCUGAGAUGGGCGGGUACUACUGCAAUGUGUGUGAUUGUGUUGUGAAGGAUUCCAUCAACUUCUUGGACCACAUCAAUGGAAAGAAACACCAGAGGAAUCUGGGAAUGUCCAUGCGCGUAGAGCGAUCCUCAUUGGACCAGGUGAAGAAACGAUUUGAAGUUAACAAGAAGAAGAUUGAGGAGAAGCAGACGGAGUAUGAUUUUGAAGAGCGCAUGAAAGAGCUUCGAGAAGAGGAGGAGAAAGCAAAGGCUUACAAGAAGGAGAAGCAGAAGGAAAAGAAGCGUAAAGCAGAGGAGGAUCUUUUCGAGGAGGAUGAUGAAAUGGCUGCUGUGAUGGGAUUCUCGGGGUUUGGUUCCUCAAAGAAAGGCAAAUGACCUAAAGACUUUAUGCAUUUCUUUACACUCUACUCCCUGUCGGCUGAUCAAAGUAAACUUUGCUGUCUGUAGUAUUCUAUCAGCCUGUUCCCAGAUGUGCUUAAGCCAGCUACUUGUUGUCAUGAGCACAACAAAAGGGUUGGCUAUAGAGCAAACCGUUCUGCCACCAGGUCGGUAUUCUAUGACUCAUCAUAUCCCCAAAACCCCCCCAUUCUAUUCCCAAACCAGCUUCCCCAAAAAACUAAACGCAUGCUGUACAUACAGUCUGAGGAGUCCCUGAAACUGCUAGGUUUGUGGUUGAUAGAAUGGGAUAACAUGUCAUAGUAAUACAAUUCGUAAUUUAUUGGGAAUUUUAUAUCCGAAUUUAGGGUAAAUGUCCACAGAUGUUUUAAAAAAUAAUAAUCAUAACUUACAACAGGUUCCCAUUGACCUCAAAGAUUAUUUUGUGUGUUCAUUUGCCUACAUUCCACUAGUUGCACUACCUGUUUUUUCACGCAAAUAUAGUGGAUGUUUAUCUGCUCAAAGAUGUCAGUUAUUGGACAGUGCAUUUCAUUUUAUUUGCCUUUUCAACUGUUCGGCCCCCAAAAUAACAACCUCAUAACUAAAUGCUUCCCUAGUAAAUUCCACCUAGAAACAUGGGGCAAUUGUGUGUAGUAGGUUUGGCCUUACUCAAGACAUCUGUGAUUCAUACAAUAAAUUGUUUGACUUUGUAAA